AUGACUUCCCUGAUGGACUAUGUUUGUCCAUAUAGUGGUAAAAAUGAAUGGGUAUAUCAGUGGAACGAAUAUUUACCUUCGAUUCCUGAUUGCGGGAAUAAAAUUCUAUUCCCUUUUCUCCUUGUUAUCUUCUCACUUUUGGGACUAUUGCCUUAUACUUUUAUUCUAAUAGCUUCAAAAUCAAGUCACAGGCGUUUGAUUUCGUGCUUAUAUUUAGGCAAAUUGGGUCUCGUUUGCAUUUCUCUUCUUCUCAAUACCGUUAGUAUUUUGUAUGUCGUAUUGAAAAUGAAAGAAUUCGCUUUAUAUUCAUUUGCUAGACCUGCUUUUACAUCAAUUUCUCUCGUUUCAUUUAUCGUUGUUAUGCAUUAUGAACGUAAACGAAAUACUCCAAACUCUGGUGUAUGCUUUUACUAUUUAUUAUUGUUGAACUUUGUUUGGAUAUGCUGUUGCUGGAAUCACAUUGUUCACUAUAUAAAGAAUUCCAAGAAUUCUAUGAUAUUGUUCACAACAAUCAAUAAUACUUCUAUUAUUCCUAAUCGUAAUACUACACUUCCACUUCAUUCAAUGAUACAAAACAAGGAGAAUUUUCUGGAAAUUUUAGAUUAUAUAAAUUUACUUAUCUCUUUUAUUAUUUUCAUAUUGAAUUGUAAUUCCGAACGUCGUCAAUGUUUAAAAACGAAUAGAAUUAUUAAUAUAACAAGAAAGAGCUCAGAUGUAAUUACUGAUGUUCAUAAUAAUAAUUCCAUUGAUCAAAAUGAUGAUAAAGAUCUUACAGAGCAUUUAACUAAUCAAAUAACAUUAAAUUACAAUGAUGUAAAUGUAGAAAUACAAAAUUUACAAGCAAAAUCUCCUGAAACUGAUUGUUCCUAUUUGUCACGUAUCACUUAUUCAUGGUUUACAAGUCUAAUCAUCAAAGGAUUUCGUAAACCUGUUGAAUUUAAAGAUAUAUGGCGAUUAGAUUCACAACAUUGUUCAGAGAAUGUAUCCAAAAUAUUCUUAAAUAAUUUGGAUAAAUAUUUAAUACCAAAUAAAUCAACGAAUAAUUAUCUUGAAAAGCGUCGUGCUUCUAUGGGUAAUAGUACACAUCAUGUUAAUAAUGAUUCAUCAGAUAGUGAAUUUCGACGUAGAUCAGCACAAAGUAUUCUUGGAUUUGGUAUACCACAACAUAAUAAACAUUUAUAUAAAUCUGGAUUAACAAAUGCCUAUCCAGAUGAUAUUAAUAUAAGACGAGCUAGUGAAGGUAUUGCUUUGUUGAAUAAUGAUAAAACAUCACCUCAACAUAACAAUAAUGAUACCAUUACUACAGCUAAUAAUAAUAAGAAUAUUCAUUCCGAGACUAAUUCAAUAAAUCUUAAACCUCAUCAGAAUGAAUCAACUGAUCUUCAAAUGGAUUCAACAAAUCAUGAUUUACCAUCCAAUACUAUUACAGGUUUUUCAAAAGAUCAAUCAACACGACGGUCUGUACGUAUACAUGUUGAUACUAAACCAGAAUAUAUACCGGAAUUAUCAGAGAUAAAUACAGAUUCUUCAGAAGUUUUUCUGAAAGAUGUCGACAGUAAAUACACUAUCAAUGAACAUAUAGACAAUCAUCUUAUUCAUAAAGUCAAAAGUGUCACCACAGAUGAUGAAUUGAAUAAAUCUAUUGAAAUCAAUGAUAUAACAACAACAACAACAACAACAAUGGAGUCUUCAUCCAAUCUAUGUCAUUGUUUCUCUAUUAUUUGUAUACAUCAAACAAAAUUUAGUCUAUUAUAUGCAUUAUUAAAAACUUAUGGUAAAACAUUAUUAUGGUCAGCAUUCUUAAAAUUAUUAUAUGAUAUUCUAGUAUUUGUCAAUCCUUUAUUAUUAAAGUUAUUAUUAAAUUUUCUACAAAAUAUUCAAUCAGAACCAAUAUGGCAUGGUUAUUUAUAUGCUAUAGCAAUAUUCAUCGAUACAACUGUACAAUCAUUAAUAUUACAAAGUUACUUUCAUAUUGUAUUUAAACUUGGUAUGAAUAUUAAGACAGCGAUUACUGCAGCUGUAUACAGGAAAAGUCUACGAUUAAGUAAUAAAGCUCGAUAUCAAUCAACUACUGGACAAAUCAUGAAUUUAAUGUCAUCUGAUGCACAACAAUUUGUUCAAUUAAUGCCAUUUAUAAACAUUCUAUGGUCGGGACCAUUUCAAAUAACCAUUGCUAUGAUAUUACUAUGGAGAGAAUUGGGGCCUUCUGUAUUGGCUGGUGUUGGUGUUCUACUAUUACUUUUACCAGUCAAUGUUUUAAUAGCACGUCGAUCAAAAGUUUUGCAAGAGAAGAAAUCUUCAUGUGCAGAUAGUCGAAUAAAGUUUAUUAACGAAUUGAUGAAUGGUAUACGAGUAUUAAAACUUUAUGCUUGGGAACCAUCAUUUAUGAAAGAAAUUGGUCUUAUUAGAGAUAAAGAAGUUAAAUAUUUAAGAAGAUUUACAUAUUUUCAAUCUUUAUCAUUUUUAUGGCAUUGUACACCAUUUUUUGUGGCUAUUUCCAGUUUUGGUGUAUAUAUAUUAACUUCUAAUAAAAAUAUAUUAGAUGCACAAAAAGCAUUUGUUUCACUAUCACUAUUCAAUAUCCUACGUUUUCCAUUAUUUAUGUUUCCAAUGAUUAUAAGUAAUUUAGCACAAUGUUAUGUUUCUAUUGGUCGUUUAACUAAAUUUUUGACUCAUACUGAACUUGAUUUGGAAUCUUAUUCAAAAGAGGAUACACCUGGUAUAGCUGCAGUAGUUGAACGUGGAGUAUUUGGUUGGGAUCCAGAUGAGGAACCGACUUUAACAAACAUUUCUAUACAAUUCCCUGAAGGUCAACUCACAACAAUUAUGGGUAGUGUAGGUUCUGGUAAAUCAAGUUUGUUACAUGCAUUACUUGGUGAUAUGGAAAAUUUCAAUGGUCGAGUUAACGUUAAAGGUACUGUAGCUUAUGUACCACAACAACCAUGGAUAUUCAAUGCAACAUUACGUGAUAAUAUAUUAUUUCAUCAUUCCUAUGAACCAAUUAAAUAUCAACAUGUAUUACAUGCAUGUAAUUUAAUACCAGAUCUUGAAAUAUUACCUAAUGGAGAUAUGACUGAAAUUGGUGAUAAAGGUAUUAAUUUAUCAGGUGGACAAAAACAACGUGUCAGCCUAGCAAGAGCAUGUUAUGCUGAUGCUGAUGUCUAUUUGUUAGAUGAUCCAUUAUCAGCUGUUGAUCCACAUGUUGGUUUACAUUUACUUAAAUAUGUAUUAAGUCGUUCCAAUGGUCUACUUGCUUCUAAAACAUGUAUACUUACUACACAUAGUCCAAAAGCUUUACCAUUCUCUGAUCGUGUUGGUCUAAUGUCUGAUGGUCAAAUAAUUGAAUUGGGUAAUUAUCGACAAUUGAUACAUUCUCAUACAAGUCGUUUAUCUGCAUUUUUAAUAACAGCUAUACGAGCUGAAUCAGAAGUUCAAUCAAAUUCAUCAAAAGAACGAGUAGAUUGUUCACCGGAAAAUUUAAAAAAAGAAUUCCUUGAACCAAAUUCCAUUCUAUCUCUUGAAUCAUCUCAAGCAUCUGAACAUUAUCAUGGAAGUCCUUCAGAAACUUUAAGUAUAGAUAAUUAUGAUGUCGGACUAUCAAGUUUUACUAAAACAGGAUUAUCUCAAAGAUUUGACAAAUCAUCAAUAAUUGCGGUCAGUGAAACUGAAGAUACCGUAAAAGAACAAGAGCAGAAAACUAUUCAACCAAUGAGUCAACCAGAGAAAGUUCUCACCGGUCGAGUUAAUUUUCGUGUAUUUUUUAUUUAUAUAAAAAAUAUUGGAUUACUAUAUAGUUUAUUAGUAUUAUUAUUUUAUCCAAUUAAUCAUUUAUUAUCAUUGGGAACAAAUUUAUGGUUAGCUGAUUGGUCAAAUGAUUUUAAACAAAAUCAAUCUAAUUACUCUUAUUCUAAUUUAUUAUCUAAUAUACAAAUGGAACAAUAUUAUUCCCAACGUAAUUAUCGAUUAUCAAUAUAUGGUAUUAUUGGUAUAUUACAAGUGUUAUUCGCAAUGUUAUCCAUUUAUACAUUGUCCAUGGGUCAUUUAGGAUGUGUUAUACGAUUACAUAGUCGAUUAUUAAGUUAUGUGUUACAUGCUCCAGCUACAUUUUUUGAUUUGGUUCCUCAUGGUCGUAUUGUAAAUCGUUUUUCACAAGAUAUUGCAACAUUGGAUAAUCCAUUAUUGGUAUCCCUUAAUAGUACAUUAAAUUGUGUACUAACUUGUUUCUUAACUUUAUGCCUUGCUUGUACACUUAAUGUAUACAUGAUUAUACCUAUUUGUUUAUUAACAAUUAUCUAUUUAUAUAUUCAGAAUUUAUAUGUUACUACAUCUAGACAAUUGAAACGUUUAGAAUCAAUUAGUUUAUCACCAAUAUUUUCACAUUUCUCUGAAACUUUAUCUGGUGUCGAUAGUAUACGAGCAUAUAAACUAAUUGAAAUUUAUAAAACUAUCAGUUCAAUUAGACAAGAUUUAAAUAAUUCGGCUGUUUAUGCUUCAAUUAUAUCACAAAGAUGGCUUGCAAUUUUAUUAGAACUUGUUGGUAAUUCAGUUAUAUUAGCUGUUGGUAUCUUAUCCGUUGUUGCACAAGGUUAUUUAUCAGCUGGUUUCUCUGGUCUUGUUAUUACUUAUGCAUUAAAUUUAAAUCAAACAUUAAAUUGGCUUGUACGUAUGUUUUCAGAAUUAGAAACAAAUAUUAUAUCUAUUGAACGUAUACAUGAAUAUUCUUCAAUUGAACAAGAGGCACCAUGGGAAUUAGAUUGUAGUUAUUUACCAAAUAAUUGGCCUGAAGGUAAAAUUGAAUUUAUCAAUUAUGGUACAAAAUAUCGACCUGAAUUAAAUUUAGCAUUAAAAUCAAUUAAUUUCAAGGUAGAAAAAGGUGAAAAAUUGGGUAUUGUUGGUCGUACUGGUUCGGGUAAAUCUUCUUUAGUACUUGGAUUAUUUCGUAUGCUUGAAGCAGCUGAAGGUAAAAUACUUAUUGAUGGUUUUGAUAUAUCAAAAAUUGGUCUACAUGAUUUAAGAAAUCGUUUAACAUUAAUACCUCAAGAUCCUGUCCUUUUCUCUGGCACAUUACGUUUCAAUUUGGAUCCAUUUAAUCAUUAUACAGAUGAUGCUAUUUGGCACGCACUUGAAUUAGCUAAUUUAAAAUCAUUUAUAAAAGAUGCCAAUAAUAAUAAUGAUGUCAAUUUUGGUUUAGAUAUGAACAUCUCAGAAGGUGGCUCUAAUAUAAGUCUUGGUCAACGACAAUUAGUUUGUCUUGCAAGAGCUUUACUUCGGCAUACUUCAAUUCUCGUAUUAGAUGAAGCUACAGCUGCUAUAGAUAUGCAAACGGAUAAUUUAAUUCAAGAAACUAUUCGUCGAGAAUUUUCUUCUUCUACUGUAAUUACUAUUGCUCAUCGAAUUAAUACAGUUCUAGAUUAUGAUCGUAUUCUUGUUCUUGAAGAUGGUCAAAUGAAAGAAUUAGAUAGUCCAAAAAAAUUAUUACAAAAUAAAAAUUCAAAAUUUUAUUCAUUAGCUAAAGAUGCCCAUCUUGUUGAUUGA